AUGGCCUCCUCCCAACAAGAACAAACCCUCUUCCCCUCUACCCUCAUCCCCCCAAAAGCGCAAGAAAAUCUUCCUCAAAACAUCCUAAUCCGCCCCCUCCAACGAACAGACUUCCAGCGCGGGCACCUAGCCGUGCUCGCCCACCUCGCACCAGUGGGCGACACGCAAGAAGAAAUGUGGGUUGAGCAAUUCGAAUGGAUGAAGCGAUGCAACGGCACCUAUUAUGUAGUCGUGCUUGUAGACGAGAGCAGAGAUGUUAUUGUAGGGACUGGGACGCUGAUGUUGGAGAGGAAGUUUAUGCUCAACCUAGCAAAACAAGGCCACAUCAAAGACGUAGUCAUAACAGCGUCCCAGCAAGGCAAAGGACUAGGCGCCAAACUUAUCCAAGCGCUAGAUCUCAUCGGAGAAGGAUUGGGGUGUUAUAAGAAUCGAAUAACUCAGACAAUCCUAGAUUGCGAACCAAAAAACGAGCCGUUUUAUCGAAAAUGUGGAUAUGAACGGAUGGGUAUAGACAUGCAGCACUGUUAUGAGAAAACGGCAUCAUCUCAUGCCGUUUAG